AUGCUUGGCUGUGUGGAGACCAAACGAAGACCGAAAAGGCUUGCAGCGAUGCGACAAACUAACAACAACAACAAUGCUGUCACCACAGGGUUUAUUAGCAAAAGGAAAAAAGUGCUAGAAGAUUCCAAUCAAAAUCAGAAGAUCACCAAAUUCUUCGCUGUGCGUCGUAGCAGUCGCAAGACUGGCAAACAACUGGAGGAAGAAGAGAUUUGCCACCUACGUGAUGCUGUACAUUCAUGCUGCAAUGAGAAAUUGCUGGAUAUCUACACUUGUCCGAUCAAAGGGAGAGGAAUAAAAGCCGGUUCUUCUUUUAAGAAAAACGAGUUCGUUGUUGAAUAUAAAGGUGACAUGAUAGAUUACACCGAGGCAAAGGAAAGAGAGAUGGAAUAUGCGAAAAACCCAAACCUUGGAUCAUAUAUGUAUUUUUUUGAAUACAAGAACAAAAAAUGGUGUGUUGAUGCUACCGUCGAGACCAAGUAUAAAGGAAGACUUAUCAAUCAUUCUGCCUUGAGACCAAAUUUGAAGACGAAGGUUGUUGAAGUCGACAGCAGUCACCAUUUAAUUUUAAUAGCGAAAAGGGACAUCGAGGAAGGCGAAGAACUGCUCUACGAUUAUGGAGACCGUGAUCCCCUAAACAUCGCUCAUUCUCCGUGGCUUGUAAAUUCU